AUGGCAGAGAAAACAGGCGAUGCAUUGAAAGUUACAGAAACUGCAUUUUCUUCAACAGACUGUCUUGGUGAAUCUGACUCAGAUUUGACAGAAUUGGCAUCUUUGGAUCCAUAUGAAGCUCUAUCGGAACUGGAAGCAGUUUGGGAAGACCAGUAUGAACUAUCUUUGGAGAAAAUUAAGUGCCCUAAAAGAAAGAGACAUAUAGAAUUUAUACCUAUACGCCAGUUCAACAUUGACCAUCUGGACGAUCCAUACAAAGAUCCAAGUAUUGUGGAGCUGGUUCAUAAAAUGGCAGCAUUAACAGUUCGCUUGCAGGUGAGCAAGUUCAGUAGCAUCAGACCUCAGCCGCCAUACCCGCCAGAGGAACGUGUCAAACCCAAUGGGGAGUCCCGUAUCAUACGCGGAACGGGAUUUGUUGAUAACGCUUAUGUUUUCACAGAAGAAAGCGGGAAGUUAUGUCCCUGUAUAGAAUGUAAAAAAUCAGCGAUUCCAAAAACAAGAUGGGGUCAGAUUAAUGUAAAAACGGCCGGUCAUGUUGUUCACGAUUAUUAUGAAGCUGAAGAGACUGUAUGUUAUUUUAAUUUUGACGAAGACAACACAGAUGUAUCCAGCAUACCUUCGCUCGUCGGAAGCAGGGAUUCUGUUGGAGUGUGUACCCUAAGGGAUGAUCAAUUCAAAGUCAUUUUUUAUACACAUAACGUGGAGUUUGCUGAACAGCUCAGCAAACUGGUGUCUCGUUUCACCGUGCAUCAACAAGUUCUGGUGAGAAAAUAUUACGGAAACAGUGAAACCCCAGUACCGGAUGUCAAUUUUUAUCACAAAGUUAUCGAUCUUUUUUCUGAUCGCGCAAAUGUUCAAAUCUUGCACCAGGCUUUAGAUCACUUCGGUGGUAUGUUGAAUAAAAGGGUGCAAGAGAACUGUCCAAUCGCACCCAACAGUACGCCAACCGACUGUAACCUAGUAAUAGUUGUUUCCCACCCACACGGCUGCGGGAAGUAUGUCAGCCUAGGCCGGUUCAGGACAAGAAAAACUAUCUCUGAUGAUUUUAAUCCGACCGGGAAAGUCCUAAACUGGCUGACCAGUUCGUUUUAUCUGUAUACGACCCACACAUGCCAAGGGUCUAGUGGCGCCCCUGUGUUCAUUCUGUCAAAGGAAAGAAUUGGGAAAGUCAGUACGCAGAUACACAGCAAGUUCCUAGCCAAGUUUGGGCUGAGUAGAAGUGGAUACUCCCUAGAUAUUUGA